GAAGAAGAAAAAGACGAGACGCUUCAGUUUGUCUGGAAUUCGACCGAGAGAAGAUUGAACGACGAAACCGAGCCGUGACAGGCAGACCGGAACCAGAACCAGGACCAGAACCAGAACCAGGACCAGGAGAUGGACCAGGACCAGGACUCCUCGUCCAGCAGGACUAAAGCUGCUGGUCUGCAGAAACGUAAAGGCAAAGAGAGGCCCACAGGUUACUACCCAUGUGAUCAGUGUGAGAAAGUCCUCACCACUUCAUCAACCUUGAAGAGACAUAAGAAGAUUCACACUGGAGAGAAGCUGUAUAGAUGUGAUCAGUGUGGGGCAGCUUUUACUGAAUCGGGUCAUUUAAGAAGUCACCAACGUGUUCACACUGGAGAGAAGCCGUACAAAUGUGAUCAGUGUGAGGCCACUUUUACUGAAUCGGGUCAUUUAAGAGGUCACCAACGUGUUCACACUGGAGAGAAGCCGUACAAAUGUGAUCAGUGUGGGGCAGCUUUUACUGAAUCGGGUCAUUUAAGAAGUCACCAACGUGUUCACACUGGAGAGAAGCCGUACAAAUGUGAUCAGUGUGGGGCAGCUUUUACUCAAUCAGGUACUUUAACGAAACACAGACGUAUUCACACUGGUGAGAAGCCGUACAGAUGUGAUCAGUGUGGGGCAGCUUUUACUGAAUCGGGUACUUUAAGAAGUCACCAACGUAUUCAUACUGGUGAGAAGCCGUACAGAUGUGAUCAGUGUGGGGCAGCUUUUGCCACAUCAGGUGAUUUAACGAAGCACCAACGUAUUCACACCGGAGAGAAGCCGUACAAAUGUGAUCAGUGUGGGGCAACUUUUACUGAAUCGGGUGCUUUAAGAAGUCACCAACGUGGUCACACUGGAGAGAAGCCGUACAAAUGUGAUCAGUGUGGGGCAGCUUUUACUGAAUCGGGUCAUUUAAGAAGUCACCAACAUGUUCACACUGGAGAGAAGCCGUACAGAUGUGAUCAGUGUGGGGCAGCUUUUACUCAAUCAGGUGCUUUAACAAAGCACCGACGCAUUCACACUGGAGAGAAGCCGUACAGAUGUGAUCAGUGUGGGGCAGCUUUUACUGAAUCGGGUACUUUAAGAAGUCACCAACGUAUUCACACUGGAGAGAAGCCGUACAAAUGUGAUCAGUGUGGGGCAGCUUUUACUAGAUCGGGUACUUUAAGAAGUCACCAACGUGUUCACACUGGAAAGAAGCCGUACAAAUGUGAUCAGUGUGGGGCAACUUUUACUGUAUCGGGUCAUUUAAGAAGUCACCAACGUGUUCACACUGGAGAGAAGCCGUACAAAUGUGAUCAGUGUGGGGCAACUUUUACUGUAUCGGCUCAUUUAAGACGUCACCAAUGUGUUCACUCUGGAGAGAAGCCGUAGAAAAUGUGAUCAGUGUGGGGCAGCUUUUGCCAGAUCAGAUAAGUUUAAGAAGUCACAAUUGUAUUUACAUUGGAUAAAAUGUGUGUAUGAUGAGUUUGAGGCAUUCAAAUGGCACAAACAUAAACAUGUUAGAAAAAAACACAGUGAUAGAAAUGUGUUUAAUCUUUUGUUCUGAGAGAAAGAAAUCUGAAGGUGUAAUUCUAAUAAGUUCAGUUUUAUAUUAGCUUUUUAAAAAUGGUUCUGCUUCUGUUGGCAAUUUAGUACCUUUUUUUUGUAAUAUUUCUAUAUUUUAAUCUAACAUUUUUCACCAGUUUUUGUCAUUGUUGUGUUAAUAGAGAGAAAUAAAUGUAUUUGUUUUUUGUUGGAUUUCAGUUUCCUGCUCAGUAAAACCAUAGUAAACAAACAGGAAGUCAAUGUCAGAAUGUUAGAACAGUGUCCCACUGUCAAAUGAAAUAUGUCCACACUGCUGACAUCCCUCUUGCAUUAAUUGUCGCUAUCUUGCCUGAAACGGCACUGCCAGUCUCACCCACGGGCACCACUCUCCUCCCACCACCACGCACCACGCCGGUUAGCCGGCAUUCCUGCGAUGUUCCUGCGACGAGACAGCACGGAGGAAAGCCCAGCCGGCUGAGUUUUGUUUAAAAUUGAAUUUCUCUUCCAAAUAAAACCUGUCUUUCAAUUCAUUGCCUUUUUCAUUACAUUUUUAGCCUAGUGAUGUUUGUGGUAGAAGUAUUCUCUACAGUCAGGGGUGUGGGGUGGUGGAGGAUGGAGGAGCGGCGUUCUGGAGAGAUAUGCACCCCCUUUUGAGAUACCAAUCUCCCCAGUAAUUAAACCUGUUUUCUAGCACAUUGUAAUUUUGCUUUGGAGACCUUAAAUCCUUAGCCUGAUGGCCUGGGCGCAAAGCCAAUGACACUUGAGGGUAGGCCUCAUCCGCCAUUUCAUACCACCUUAGUCGUGCAGUUGUGAGUGCAGCGGAGGC